AUGAUGUGCGGCGGAACCGCGUGGGUCUUCUAUUCGUCCGGCCUCAACGACAUGCUGCAAUACACCGGCCUGGCCCACGUGGGGGAGCUUCUUUCGACCAGGGACCACGGCAGUCUGUGCAGCGUGUCGGCUGGCCGAGGCAGCAAGCUUGAGGCCACGAUGAAGGAGUUCGAGUACCGUGCCGCUUGGGUGUACUUGGCGCUGUGGGUGCUGGGCUUGUGCCUCACGCUGGCGCACGCCGCGAGGCAGAAGUGGGUGGCCGCGGAGUUUUACCGCAAGCACGAGUGCUUGGCGGAGUUUGCCCUCAACAUCGAGGGGUUCCCGCCGGAGGCCACGGACGAGGCCGCCGUUCGCAGGUUCCUUCGGGAGGCGUUUGGCCACAACGGGGUGGAGGUCUCAAUCUGCUACAACUACCGCGACCGCAAGGACAGGGUCCACGAGCUGCUGGAGAAGCUGAUCGUGGCCGCGGACGUGCGUGCCAAGACCUACGACCGGGCCUUGUGCGGCCUGACAGAGCUUGGGCUCACUGAGGACGAGAAGGCGGAGGUGCGCAGCUGGCUGCCGCACAGCGGCGGCGGCGGGAGCGCUGGAAGCGCGCCAGCUGGCAGCGAUUCUUGCGGGUCCAGCAGCUCGCCGAGGCGCGAACGCGCGGACAGGCCGCUGAUACCAGGCGGCCGCCGCCGCGUGGGCGGCCAGCCGCCGCCAGGCGGAGCGACGGGCGGCGCCUUCCGGCUCCAGAACGCUGGCACCGUCUUCGCAGUCCUCCCACACAACUACGACCUGCAGACCGUCCGCAGGAAGUUCGACAACGCCCCGGCGUACAUGCCGAGGAGAAGCACGCAGAGAACCAGCGUGCCGACGCUGCCCCACCAGGCGACGCCGGAGUGGCUGGCCGUGCAGCCUCUCAGGUGGGUGGGUCAGAACGGCGAGAUGUACAACCUCUCCAUAAGAGACGUGGUAUGUGAACCCACUGAUGUCGGCUGGGAACACCUCGGCAUGAAGGAGUCGUCCUUCCGCUGGCGGGUGUUCUUCGGCGGCGUGGUCAUACUGCUCAGCUUUGCCCUGAUGGCAGCCUUGCUUUUCUACCCGCUGGCGCUGUACGCCAUCUCGUUCGCCGACCAGGCGGGGAGCCUCCCGACUGGCAUCAUCCACACCCUGCUGGGGCUGCUGAUCAUGACCGGCAACUGGCUCAUGUGCCUCCUGCACAUACAAGUCAGCGGCCGCAUGGGGCACUCCCGCAGGGACCGGGAGGCGCUUGUGAUAUUCAAGGUCUUCGCCUUGCUUUGCCUGUCCAGCUUCUUGUUCAAUGUCACCAUGACGAUCUGGCCCUCCAGCCAGAGCGGGUCGUACCGGUUCCUGUUUCAUCGGGCGAGCUACGUCGAGUCCAUGCAGGACAUCUCCUUCCAGGUGGCGGCCUCCGGGCACCUGUUCCACGUGCUCGUGCCCGGAGGCCUCUUCUUCGGCUACCUGAUAUUCCCGCUGCAAGGCUUCGUAUGGCCUUUCGUGUCUGUGCUCACCUUCCGUAGGUGGUGGCACAGGCUCAACUUUGUGCCAGACCUCACCGCGCGGAAGGCAGAGAAGGAGCUGGAGCCGCUCGGCUACAGCGCCGGGCACGACUACAUGGGCAACGUCGUGCAGCCGGUAUCGUGCAGCAUUAUUCUGUUCUUCGCGUCGGGCUACGUGUGGCAGCUUUGGGCGUGCCUUGCGGGAUGGUCGAUCUUCAUGAUGAUCUUCUCUCGCUACCUGCAUUUGCGUGCCGUUCGCAGGUGCUACUUCACCACGAGCCGAGUCGACACCGAGGCCCUCGUGUGGUUUGCGGCGCCCCUCUCGCUGGUGCUCGCGUCGAGCGGCUUCUGGGCG